AUGAAGAGAAAUCCACGGAAAGUAAAAUGGACCAAGGCCUAUAGGAGGUUGCAUGGAAAAGACAUGACACAGGAUUCGACCUUUGAGUUUCAGAGAAAGCGAAAUAGACCUGAGAGAUAUGACAGGAAUCUUGCUGAGAAUACUCUGAAGGCCAUCAAGAAGAUUGAUAAGGUCAGAUCUGAGAGGGCAGCUGACCACAUAAAGCAGAGGUUCAACAUCCAUCUCAUUUUCACCUUGAUGAAGCAGUCAUGA